AUGGACCCCGAAAUGAUCGACGGACCAUGCCUGCUUAUCGUGGAGCCAGACAGAGUUGGUCCGAAGACGGACGCCGGCAGGGUUCUGAAGCAAAUGAUGGAAGGAGACGAAGACCUUCUGGAAGAGCUGUCACUCGAUUUGGAGGAGGCGCAGAACAAAACGCAGAGAUGGGAAGUGCCGCGGCUCGUUGUUGGAAGGGUCAAAGACCCCGAACACGGCAGACCUACAGAAGACAAGGCCAUGAUAUACCUUGCCUUGUACUUCAAGAGUAGCGGUAAUAGUCUGGCUCUUGUCCGCCCAGGCGUGGAGAAGAUUAAGAAAGACAAGAAGGAGGGAUGGAUUACAGCGAGCCGCGACGACGAGCCAGUCACCAGCAAGGACAUUCAACGUGGGAUGUACGACGAACGCCUUACACCCGCGUACUGGUUUAGCAAAGAAGACGACGGGACCGGAACGGAACUCGCUGCUUACGAGGAUGUUGGCAUUAAGAAAGAGCAGGUUCUGGGCCACUACGAGCGAUUCCUCGUCCGUCUUUGGGCCUUCAAGUUUCAGACAGCCAAAUUACCACCCAGAAGCAAACGAGUACACGAGCGAAACGACGAAGACGAGAGCACCCUUUCGAUGGAUUCUCGACGCAAGAGAGUCAAGACUGGCCAGUCCUUCGGACCUGAGCAAGAAGAUGACGACGAUGAUGACGACGAAGAACGAAGAGCCAUAGUUGAAGACGAGAUUGAAAGUGAAGGACUUAGCAGAGAGUACGGAUGGAUAGAGGACACAGACUGGUGGACGGCAUACAACAGCAAAGACAUUCAUCUGACUUUCGAACAUCUUUGCAACGAUAUCAUCUGCAAUAAGAUUCGCAGAGGUUUCCAAGCGAAGCACCAGGGUAAAGGCGAGGAGACUCCCCACUCAGGCCCUAUGCCUAGCCAGCAUCUCGUACGACGCGCUUGGGAAUGGACAAGGUUCGAAAGCGCACAGACUUGUAACGUUACAUCCUGUUUCCGACAAUUUAUGCAGGCGGUUGCCAACGAUUGGGAUAUCUCUAAGGCCAAUGCAGCCUACACCAUGCCUACGAAACCACAGAAACCUCCAGGGGUCAUCUUUCCCCCGGAAAAGAAGACGAUGCGUGACGGACGCGCUUCGAAUAUGGACAAGUCAAUGGCCAGGAUUCCACUUCUCAGACUGCGAGAUCCCCAAGGAAAGAAGUGA